AUGAAUUCUGAAGUACAGGAAAUUAUCCCUUCUACAUCUAUGGACUGCGAAAAGAUAAACAGUUCUAAUGGAACUAAAGUUUUGCCAACAGUAACGCAAUUAAUGACUUUUCCUGAGUCUGUUGUUCAUCAGAUAUUUGCAUAUCUUAAUCAUUCAGAAGUAUUACAAGCUCAGCGCGUUAACAAGCAUUUCCAUAAAUUAAUCAUACGAAAUUCACAUUUAUUAUCUCGACCGGAAAUAAUAGAAAUGGGGAUUAGUAUGUGUAGUUGUGAGAAACGUACAAAACCGUUUGGACGACUCCAAGGAUCAUCAUCCAUUUUGAAACCAAGUAGAAGAAGGCGAUUAUUAGUGAGAUUUGUAAGAAAAACAAAAACUGCUGUGAAAUGCAAGGAAGUAUUUGAAGAUGAAGACUUCACCGGUGACCGCAAUGAAUUAUCACAAUCUCUGUUGAAUUAUUUGGAUCAACAUUUUAAAACUGUUUACAUUAAUGGUACAUUAUCAUUUUCGGGAAUAGCUCUCAAUUCAAAUUUAUACAAGAUAUUAUGCAAAAGCUGGGUUAGAAUCACGGAUGCCACACGAUUAGUAUUCACAUUAUGCCGUUUUCGUUUAUCUUCAAAAUAUUUUUACGAAUUGUUAACUCGUACACGUUGCCGAAAAUUAACAAUAGAACUUUCGCAUUUUGAGCAAUUUGUUUUAGAUGAUUUGGUUCUACAAGCAAUGCCAGAAUGCGAAGAACUCAUUCUAAGUAGUACUAUUCCAGUUUAUUUUACGAGAAUUACUGACAGUUCUUUACAUAGAUGGGCAGUUCAAGAGAAUUUGCCGAGAAAGAUUCUUUUCCGUAAUAUUCAGGCUAAUUUUACAUUCGAUGGAGUCAUAACCUUGAUUAAUGCCUUACAAAUUCGACAUCCAGAGCUAUUUUCUGAUACAUUUCAAGAUUUGUCAAAUACCGAUUCUCGGGAAAAAAUAAAAUAUGAUUGGGAUUUUGGAUGUGUACCUUUGCCAGAAGAAAAUCAAAAUAAUAGUAUUAUUGAGCUACUAAGUACGCCAGGUGUGGUUGCUCAUGUUUCUCGGCCUUCUUCAUUAGCAAAUGUAAUCGACGUUGUUGUUAAUUCGAAAGAUUUACUUCAAAGUUCGACAAAAUGUCAACUUUUGCUGAGACUACAACUUGUCCUUCCUACUCAAAAAGCUAUGCAAAUUUCUCCUGAUUGA